CACACACACACACACACACACACACACACACACACACACAAUUAUCAAUUAUUCUAUUAUGAUGAUAGAUGAUGAUAUUAUGCAUUAUGAUAAAUGUUUUACAAUGAUAACUUUUAUUUUAAGCCCUGAGGCUGGUAGUACAAUAUAUAUUAAUGAGGUUAGGGGCCUCAAUGGCCAAAUUCUUCCUGUUUCACACCCUAAUCGAAACCCAAAAAAGUACACUAAUUGAAUGCAUGGUUUCAUAUUGUCAAAUACAAUUUCAAACAUCAUAUUUAAUACGCUGAAUUGAAAGAAAAUCAUGAAUUAACAUUGAUAUAACCUUAUUCUCUUCUCUACAACGUCUAUUUUGAUGUCACACAUGGAAAUUAAGUCUUGAUUAGUGUUAACUUUCAGUGGGUCUUUUGUCUCUCAAACAACGCAUUUAUAAAGGAAAGUCCUUUCUGCCUGAGUUAUCGCUGGCUUCCUCCAAUGGAAGUGAAGGUAAAACAGACCUUUUAAAACAAUUACUGCACCAAGAAAACAACUGCCAGUCAUUCUUAGAGAGGAAGGAUUCUAAUUAAUAAACCUCCACUAAUCCCCUCCUUGUUUUACUACACCACAAGCAUUCUCUACCUCGCUCUACCUCCCUCUCUCUCUUCCCCUCUCCCCCCUCCCUCCCUCUCUCUCUUUCUCUCUCUGGGUCCCAGUCACUCUCUAACCUCUGCUACAGUUUGAACCAGAGGGUGAAACACACUGCAACUUGUGGCUUUCUUUCAAGUUAUUCUUUUGUUUUUUCUGAGGACUGGAAUAGUGACUUGGAGAGAGAGAGAGAGAGAGAGGUAUGAUGUUCUAACGGUGGUUUUAGUGGAGGUUGUGACGGGUCUUGGAGUUAGCGGUGGAAACUCAGGAGUUGGCGAGAAAGCGGCUCAGAAGAACAGGUGGAAUACUCACCUCGAACCGCUCAGCACUUCAGCUCACUGAGCAGGACCAGGGCUGAGAGGCCCAGACACUCGGAUGCAUCUCUCCCUGGACACCAUGAGCAUGGGGGACGACAGCUGCCUCUCCCCCAGCAACUUCCACGAGAUCGGGAAGGGUGGGGGGGGCGCGGCGGGGGGGCGCGUCCACAGCAUCGACGUCAUCCUGGGCUUCAGCAAGGACCAGGAGUCCCUGCUCAGCUCCACGGGGGGGGACCUGGGCCUCCACAGGCUGGCCGUGGAGGGCCUGGUGGAGGCGGUGAGGCUCCAGGAGCCCUCCUCCAACCACCUCCCCUACGGGGGCCACCUCUCCUCCCUGGGGGAGGGCAGCCCGGAGCAGCAGCAGCCCUACCACGACAUGGUCCUGCUGGGCACCAAGAGCGGCCGGGACCCCGGCGAGCUGAGGAGCAGCCUGGAGAGCGACGAGGACGCCGACGCCAAGUCCCCCGACCUCUGCAAGGACGAGCAGCCCAAGAAGAAGCACCGGCGCAACCGCACCACCUUCACCACCUACCAGCUGCACGAGCUGGAGCGCGCCUUCGAGAAGUCCCACUACCCCGACGUGUACAGCCGCGAGGAGCUGGCCAUGAAGGUCAACCUGCCGGAGGUCAGGGUGCAGGUGUGGUUCCAGAACCGCAGAGCAAAAUGGCGCCGGCAGGAGAAGAUGGACGCCAGCACCAUGAAGCUCCACGACUCGCCCAUGCUCUCCUUCAACCGGCCCCCGGCCAUGCACUCCAACAUGGGCCCCAUGAGCAACUCCCUGCCCCUGGACCCCUGGCUGACGUCCCCUCUCACCAGCGCCACGCCCGUCCACACCAUCCCCGGCUUCAUGGGCCCCGGCCAGGGCCUCCAGACGGCGUACCAGGGGCCGCACAGCUUCCUCAACGCUCCUCCUCACCCUCCUCAUCCCCACUCCCACCCUCACUCCCACCCCCACGGCCAUCCCUCCAUGGGCCAGGGGAUGCAGAGCAUGGGCCCCCCCCCGUACCAGUGCCCCGCGCCCUACUCUGAGAAGUACCCCCUGGAGGACGUGGACCAGCGGAGCUCCAGCAUCGCCGUGCUGAGGAUGAAGGCCAAGGAACACAUCCAGUCCAUGGACAAGACCUGGCAGCCCAUGUGACUAGCAGACGGGCUGUGGCUGGCUGAUUAGAAGAGGAGGAGGAGAGGAGGAGGAGAGUGCGUCCGCUGCUGCUUCCCUCGGUCGAGAGAGGCAGCCCGGUGAAAAAGACAUCCGUGACCCAGUGGUACGAAAAAGGAAGGAAGGAAUGGAAGAUGGAUUUGGGAUUUUUUUGAACAUUGAUGUGGAUAUUUUUAUGUGUACGAAGCACAAUCCUCUUUCUCAUCUCAAGUCUUUACAGCAUUCCUAGAGCGUAAACUACCAGUGGCUAAACCAGUGCAUGAUCCUAGUGAUCAAGACAUUAGAAUGGUCUGACUGCAACCAAUGGUGCAGUUGGGUACAUGCUCGCUUCUCUUUGAUAACCGGUUGAAUCUGAUUUAUUUUCCAGACUUCAUUUUUUACAAUGCUCCCCAUUGAUUUUCAAUUUCAAUUCUUUUUCCAGAUAAUGGCUCUACAGAUAUUCAGUGAACAGCACCUACAAAGCAUGUUGACAGCAUCCCCUUUCCCAUUGCAAAGAUAAUAAAAUAAUAAAUACAAGAAUGGACAUUAUAAUACUGUAUAUUGGUCAUUAUAAUAAAACCUAUAUUAUGUGUUAAGUA